AUGGCCAAAAGAUUCAAGCUCAUUAAUGUCAGGAUCAGAGUGGCAGUGAUCAGUGAGAGGCUUAGGCAAUCUAUCCUGCGCCAGGACACACAUAAUGUCCAUCUCAGACAUGGCUGUAGCUCCUGUAAAGAGGUGAAGACUCUCAUGAGUGCUUAUCAUCUGUUAUGUGACGCCAUGAACCAAGCCAACGCCUUUUACGGCAACCUGCUACUAGCCUCCAUAUUUUUUACGUUCAUAGACAUUACGGAAUCUAUUUACUUUUUGUUAUUGUUUUUUCACAAGGAAGAAAAUGCAUUAUUUCAUAUUGGAGCUUUUAUCUUUUCCGACGCCAGUUUCCUGGUGCUGGUCGCUCUCUCUAGCUCUGGUGUCUCCGAGGCGGCCGGCGAAACUGCACCGCUCAUCCGCAAGCAGAUCAACAUGGAAUUGAGCUCGGAUCUAAGGGAACAGUUAAAGUCAUCGUUGCUGCAAUUGUUAAACAAACGUGUGGAAUUUUCUGCAGCAGGAUUUUUCCAGAUCAACAAACAAACUAUAACUUCGAUGGCUGCAGCUGUAACAACCUAUCUGGUGAUCAUGAUUCAGUUUUAG